AUGAUCAGAGAAAUGUUUAAGGAUCCCCUUGUGGGAUCCAUUGUGUGUUUUGCUUCUCUAGGUGGACUACUGUUUGGUUAUGAUCAAGGUGUGAUCAGUGGUAUCGUCACUAUGGAAUCCUUUGGGGCUAAAUUUCCGAGGAUAAACACAGACUCCGACUACAAAGGUUGGUUCGUGUCAACUUUCUUGUUGUGUGCCUGGUUCGGCUCGUUAAUAAACUCUCCUAUCGUCGACAAGUUUGGCAGAAGAGACUCUAUUAGGAUCGCGUGUGUUAUUUUCGUUAUUGGCUCUGUGUUUCAAUGUGCUGGUCACUCAACCCCUAUGCUAUUUGCAGGAAGAGGAGUUGCGGGUCUUGGUGUUGGACAACUCACCAUGGUGGUGCCCAUGUAUAUGUCAGAACUUGCACCUCCUAAUAUCCGUGGUGGCCUGGUAGUUAUCCAACAGGUGUCCAUCACUUUGGGUAUUCUUAUAUCGUUUUGGCUUGACUAUGGUACUAAUUUCAUUGGUGGGACCCGGUGUGCCCCACAUGUACCCUACAAGAACGGAAAGUCAUUCAACCCCUACACUGACGUCCCAGCUGGCGGAUGCACAGGCCAGUCCGAUGCAUCCUGGAGAAUUCCAUUUGGUUUGCAAAUUGCCCCAGCCUUUGUUCUUGGAAUUGGAAUGAUGUUCUUCCCACGGUCACCCAGAUGGCUGUUGUAUAAAGGCCGUGAGGAAGAAGCUGUUGAGACUCUCAAGUAUCUCAGGCGCAGGAACACUGAAAGUGAGAUCGAGCAGGAAUUAGCAGAAAUCCGUGCAGAUGUCAUAUUUGAGAAUGGAUAUGCCGACAGAAAGUUUGGGAAAAUCACCAAUCCUGUCAGUCUCUAUGUUGCUGGUAUCUGGGAUAUCCUUACUACGAGAUCACAUUUCAAAAGAGUAUUUAUUGGUUCUGCUGUGAUGUUUUUCCAGCAGUUCAUGGGCUGCAAUGCUAUUAUUUACUAUGCUCCAACUAUUUUCUCUCAGCUGGGAAUGAAUUCUAAUACCACAUCGCUGUUGGGCACAGGAGUAUAUGGUAUCGUGAACUGUCUUUCAACAUUUCCCGCGGUAUUUCUGAUCGACAGAACAGGUCGAAGAACGCUGCUAAUGGCUGGCGCAAUCGGAACUUUUGUGUCGCUCGUUAUUGUUGGAGGUAUCGUUGGAAAGUACGGUUCUGCAUUGUCUGAACACAAAACAGCGGGAAGAACUGCUGUUGCGUUUAUCUUCAUCUACGACGUCAACUUCUCUUAUUCUUGGGCUCCUAUCGGAUGGGUCUUGCCAUCUGAGAUAUUCUCAAUUGGAAUCAGAUCCAAAGCAAUCUCUAUCACCACUUCAUCCACCUGGAUGAAUAAUUUCAUCAUCGGAUUGGUGACUCCAAGGAUGCUCGACACAAUGAAAUGGGGAACCUACAUAUUUUUCGCGGCUUUCUGCAUUAUCGCAUUUCUAUUCACUUUGUUUGUCAUUCCCGAGACCAAGGGAGUGCCAUUGGAGGAAAUGGACAGGAUAUUUGGUGAUGAAGACGCCCAGCUCAACAAGCAGCAUCUUGCUGAAGUUGGUGCCUUCAGAGCUGAAUCUUUGAAAGGCUCCGAGGAAAGGAUUGAGUCUGCUAGCGAGUAA